AAACAUACACAAAAACACCAAAAAAAAAUAAAAGUAUGAGAAUACUCUUUCUCUUCUUCUUCUUCUUCCACUCAUCAUCCUCCUCAAGAACUUCAUCAGAAUCUCGCAUCUUCAUCUACGGUGGAUGUUCACCGGAAAAAUACACACCAAACACUCCUUUUGAAUCAAACCGCGACACUUUCCUCUCCUCCGUCGUUACUUCAUCCUCCGAAGCCUCCUUCAAUAGCUUCGCCGUCGGUAACGACUCUUCUUCCUCUUCCUCCGCCGCCAUCUUCGGCCUUUAUCAAUGCCGUGACGAUCUCCCAUCCUCUGACUGCUCAAAAUGUAUCCAAAACUCCGUCGACCAAAUCACUCUCCUUUGUUCCUACUCUUUCGGUGCUUCUCUUCAGCUCCAAGGCUGCUUCUUGCGUUACGAAACCUAUGAUUUUCUUGGGAAACAAGACACGAGUCUUAGGUACAAGAAGUGUAGUUCCAAGAGGGUAGAGAAUGAUUAUGAUUUCUUUAAACGAAGAGACGAUGUGUUGUCGGAUCUGGAGUCGACUCAACUAGGUUACAAAGUUAGCCAGUCCGGUUUAGUCGAAGGUUAUGCUCAGUGUGUUGGUGACUUGAGUCCUAGUGACUGUACGGCUUGUCUUGCGGAAGCUGUUGGGAAGUUAAAGAAUCUUUGUGGCUCAGCGGUUGCAGCUGAGGUUUACUUGGCUCAGUGCUAUGCACAUUAUUGGGGUUCUGGUUACUACGACUUCUCUCCAGAUCCAACGAAUGGAGAUCAGGUGGGGAAAUCAAUUGCGAUUAUCGUAGGAGUCAUUGCUGGAUUCGCAAUUCUUGUUAUUCUCCUUUCCCUCUGCAGAAACUCCAUGCAUUGAUACCAAGAAGACAUGAUUCGGGAUGAAAGAUUCUAGAGGGACCUGUUUUUGUUUUGUUUGAAUUUAUGUUGUAGGACCAUAUCCGUUACCUUAAUGAUUAUUUUUGGUUUAACA